AUGAUCUCCAUCACCGAAUGGCAGAAGAUUGGCGUGGGCAUCACCGGCUUUGGAGCCUUCUUCAUCCUCCUCGGAGUGCUCCUGUACUUUGAUUCCGUGCUCCUGGCCUUCGGAAACCUGCUGUUCCUGACCGGCCUGACCCUCAUCAUCGGCCUGAGGAAGACGUUCUCCUUCUUCUUCCAGAGGCACAAGUUCAAGGGGACCAGCUUCUUCCUGGGGGGUGUGGUCGUUGUGCUCCUGCGCUGGCCCCUCCUGGGCAUGUUUCUAGAAACGUACGGAUUCUUUAGCCUCUUCCGGGGCUUUUUCCCUGUGGCCUUUGGCUUCCUGGUCAAUGCCUUUAACAUCCCCUUCCUGAGUGAGCUGUACCGGAGGUUUCAAGGCAGCAGCUCAAUGGUCUGA